CAUCUUGGCGCGGAGGGGCCGCGCCCGCCGCUCGCCCCGGGGGGGGGCCGACAGCGCUGCUGCCGCCCGGUAUGCGGGGUGCGGCGGCUGGCCGGGAGCUGCCGGACGACGCGGAGAACGAGGAGGACGUCUCGGAAGAAGAGGAUGGGGUGCUGGAAGGACUUGAGGAGUUUUUUGCAGAAGAGCAAGUGGCUGUGCAGAAAAAAAAGAAACCCAAGAAGCUGAAAGAUGGCAAAGCUGCCAAAAGCAAGAGGAGGAAGAAGGAGGGGAGCAAUGAUGAAGUGUCAGAAAAUGAAGAGGAGAUGGAGGAGAAAUCUGAGAGUGAGGGGAGUGACUACUCCCCCAACAAAAAGAAGAAGAAAAAGCUGAAGGAGAAGAAGCCAAAACGGAAGAAGAAAGAUGAGGAAGAGGAUGACAAUGAGGAUGGAGCUCUAAAGGAGCCCAAGAGCUCAGCCCAGCUGAUGGAGGAGUGGGGGCUUGAUGAUGUGGAUUAUAUCUUCUCUGAGGAGGAUUAUCACACCCUGACUAACUACAAGGCCUUCAGCCAGUUCCUCAGGCCUCUGAUUGCCAAGAAGAACCCCAAGAUCCCCAUGUCCAAGAUGAUGACUGUGCUUGGUGCCAAGUGGCGAGAGUUCAGUGCCAACAACCCCUUCAAGGGCAGCUCUGCGGCCGCUGCGGCCGCGGCCAUCGCGGCAGCGGUGGAGACGGUGACCGUGGCCCCGCCGCUUGCCCCCAGCCCCCAGCCCCCUGCCCUGCCCCCUGUCAUCAGGAAGGCCAAGACCAAGGAGGGCAAGGGUCCAGGCGUGCGGAAGAAAGUGAAAGGCUCCAAAGAUGGAAAGAAGAAGGGGAAGGGGAAGAAGGUGGCAGGGUUGAAAUUCCGGUUUGGAGGAAUGCCCAGCAAGAGGAAAAAAGGCUCCUCUAGUGAAGAGGAGGAACGAGAGGAGUCUGACCUGGACAGUGCCAGCAUCAACAGCUCCUCCGUGCGCUCCGAGUGCUCUGCUGGCCUGGGGAAGAAAGGGAAGAGGAGGAGAAAGAAAAAGAGGAUCGAGGAGGGGGACGGCUACGAGACAGACCACCAGGACUACUGCGAGGUGUGCCAGCAGGGCGGGGAGAUCAUCCUCUGCGACACCUGCCCCCGAGCCUACCACCUCGUCUGCCUCGACCCGGAGCUGGAGAAGGCCCCCGAGGGCAAGUGGAGCUGCCCGCACUGCGAGAAGGAGGGCAUCCAGUGGGAGCCAAAGGAAGAGGAGGAGGAGGAGGAAGAGGAGGGUGGUGAGGAGGAGGAGGACGACCACAUGGAGUUCUGCCGGGUGUGUAAGGACGGAGGGGAGCUGCUGUGCUGCGACACCUGCCCCUCCUCCUACCACCUGCACUGCCUCAACCCUCCGCUGCCCGACAUCCCCAACGGGGAAUGGCUCUGCCCUCGCUGCACUUGUCCUCCCUUGAAGGGCAAAGUGCAGCGCAUCCUGCACUGGGCCUGGAAGGAGCCCCCAGCCCCCCUGCUGCCAGCCUUGCCCGUGCUGCCCGCCCCGGGCACGGAGCUGGCACUGCCCACGCCCAAGGUGCUGGAGGGGAUCCCGGAGCGCGAGUUCUUCGUGAAGUGGGCAGGCCUCUCCUACUGGCACUGCUCCUGGGUCAAAGAGCUGCAGCUGGAGCUCUACCACACCGUCAUGUACCGCAACUACCAACGCAAGAACGACAUGGAGGAGCCCCCCGCCUUCGACUACGGCUCGGGGGACGAGGAGAGCCAGAGGGAGAAGCGGAAGAGCAAGGACCCGCAGUACGCCCAGAUGGAGGAACGCUUCUACCGCUACGGCAUCAAGCCCGAGUGGAUGAUGAUCCACCGCAUCCUCAACCACAGCUUUGAUAAAAAGGGAGACAUCCAUUACCUGAUCAAGUGGAAGGACCUGCCCUACGACCAGUGCACCUGGGAGAUGGACGAGAUCGACAUCCCCUACUACGAGAACCUCAAACUCCUCUACUGGAACCACAGGGAGCUGAUGCUGGGGGAGGACACCUGCCCUCUGAAGAAGCUGAACAAGAAAGGGAAAAAGCUGAAAGAGGAGAAGCUGGAAAAGCCUCCAGAGACACCACUUGUGGACCCUACGGUGAAGUUUGACAAGCAGCCCUGGUACAUUGAUGCCACGGGUGGCACGCUGCACCCCUACCAGCUGGAGGGACUGAACUGGCUGAGGUUCUCCUGGGCACAGGGCACAGACACAAUCCUGGCUGACGAGAUGGGGCUGGGCAAGACCGUGCAGACCAUCGUCUUCCUCUACUCCCUGUACAAGGAGGGCCACUCGAAAGGGCCGUACCUGGUCAGUGCCCCUCUCUCCACCAUCAUCAACUGGGAGCGAGAGUUCGAGCUGUGGGCCCCUGACUUCUACGUGGUGACCUACACGGGGGACAAGGAGAGCCGCGCCGUCAUCCGCGAGAACGAGUUCUCCUUCGAGGACAACGCCGUCCGCGGCGGCAAGAAGGUCUUCAGGAUGAAGAAGGAAGCUCAGAUCAAGUUCCAUGUCCUGCUCACCUCCUAUGAGCUGAUCACCAUCGACCAGGCGGUGCUGGGCUCCAUCGAGUGGGCCUGCUUGGUGGUGGAUGAAGCACACAGGCUGAAGAACAACCAGUCCAAAUUCUUUAGGGUAUUAAACAGCUACAAGAUCGACUACAAGCUGCUGCUCACUGGCACCCCACUCCAGAACAACCUGGAAGAGCUUUUCCACCUGCUCAACUUCCUGACUCCUGAGAGGUUUAAUAACCUGGAGGGCUUCCUGGAGGAGUUUGCAGACAUCUCCAAGGAGGACCAGAUCAAGAAGCUCCACGACCUGCUGGGGCCCCACAUGCUGCGGCGGCUCAAGGCCGACGUGUUCAAGAACAUGCCGGCCAAGACCGAGCUGAUCGUCAGGGUGGAGCUGAGCCAGAUGCAGAAGAAGUACUACAAGUUCAUCCUGACACGCAACUUUGAAGCCCUGAACUCCAAAGGUGGAGGGAACCAGGUGUCCCUGCUCAACAUCAUGAUGGACCUGAAGAAGUGCUGCAACCACCCCUACCUCUUCCCGGUGGCAGCUGUGGAGGCCCCGGUUCUCCCCAACGGAUCCUACGAUGGCAAUUCUCUGGUCAAGUCUUCUGGGAAGCUGAUGCUGCUCCAAAAGAUGCUGAAGAAGCUACGGGAUGGGGGCCACAGAGUUCUGAUCUUCUCCCAGAUGACGAAGAUGCUGGACCUGCUGGAGGACUUCCUGGAGUACGAAGGCUACAAGUACGAGCGGAUCGACGGCGGCAUCACGGGCGGCCUGCGCCAGGAGGCCAUAGACAGGUUUAAUGCUCCUGGUGCUCAGCAGUUCUGCUUCCUCCUCUCCACCCGUGCUGGGGGCCUGGGCAUCAACCUUGCUACGGCCGACACGGUCAUCAUCUACGACUCUGACUGGAACCCCCACAAUGACAUCCAGGCGUUCAGCAGAGCUCACCGCAUCGGGCAGAACAAGAAGGUGAUGAUCUACCGCUUCGUGACCAGAGCCUCGGUGGAGGAGAGGAUCACGCAGGUGGCCAAGAGGAAGAUGAUGCUCACACACCUGGUGGUGCGCCCGGGGCUGGGCUCCAAGUCAGGCUCCAUGACCAAGCAGGAGCUUGAUGACAUCCUCAAGUUUGGGACGGAAGAGCUCUUCAAGGAUGAUGUGGAGGGCAUGGUGCAGGGGCAGAGGCUCGGUGUGCCAGAUGCUGUCACCCCUUUCCCCGACCCUCUGUCGGCCAAAGGGGGAGCAGUGACCCCUGGCAUGAAGAAGAAGCACGGCGGCACCCCGCCAGGGGACAACAAGGAGGUGGAGGACAGCAGCGUGAUCCACUACGACGACGCUGCCAUCUCCAAGCUGCUGGACCGCAACCAGGACGCGACGGAUGACUCGGAGCUGCAGAACAUGAACGAGUAUCUCAGCUCCUUUAAAGUGGCUCAGUAUGUUGUGAGAGAAGAGGACGGUGUGGAGGAAGUGGAGCGUGAGAUCAUCAAGCAAGAGGAGAAUGUGGACCCUGACUACUGGGAGAAGCUGCUGCGGCACCACUACGAGCAGCAGCAGGAGGACCUGGCCAGGAACCUGGGGAAGGGGAAGAGAAUCCGCAAGCAGGUGAACUACAACGACACCUCCCAGGAGGACCAAGAGUGGCAGGAUGAGCUCUCUGACAACCAGUCAGAGUACUCCAUUGGCUCUGAGGAUGAGGAUGAAGACUUUGAGGAGAGGCCAGAAGGUCAGAGUGGCAGGAGGCAGUCCCGGCGGCAGCUGAAGAGUGACAGGGACAAGCCUCUGCCUCCUCUGCUGGCCAGAGUUGGGGGCAACAUCGAGGUGCUGGGCUUCAACGCGCGGCAGCGCAAGGCCUUCCUGAACGCCAUCAUGCGCUGGGGAAUGCCUCCCCAGGACGCCUUCAACUCCCACUGGCUGGUGCGGGACCUGCGGGGCAAGAGCGAGAAGGAGUUCAGGGCCUAUGUCUCGCUCUUCAUGAGGCAUCUGUGUGAGCCGGGGGCGGACGGCGCCGAGACCUUCGCGGACGGCGUCCCCCGCGAGGGGCUGUCGCGCCAGCACGUCCUGACCCGCAUCGGGGUCAUGUCGCUCGUCAGGAAGAAGGUGCAGGAGUUUGAGCACGUCAACGGCAAGUACAGCACCCCAGAUGUGAUCCUCGAGGGCCCAGAGAGCAGGAAGGGCAGCGAGGUGGUGUCUUCAGACCCCAACACCCCUGUCCCGGCCAGCCCAGCACACCUGCACGUGGGACCUGCAGCCCUGGCAGACAAAGCAGAAACACAAGUGGGGCUCCAGGAGGAGAAGGACCAAGUGGAGCAGAAGCCCAGGAAGGCAUCUGACAGCCAGGUGCCUGCAAGUGCUGAGAAGGUGGAGAGUGCAGAGUACCCAGAAGGCUGUGACAGCAAGGAGAAGCCGAGGGAAGAGAGGCAAGAGGAGAGUGAAAAGGCUGAGCCCUCUCCUGAGCCCCUGGGCAAAGAUGAAGGUAUUCCAGAGAAAGAGAAGCCUUUGGAGAAGCUGGAGUUGAGCAGCAGCCCAGGCAAAGGGGAGGACAGGGAAGCCAAACCAGAGGAGGCCAAGGCAGAGGAGAAGGAACAGAGUGAGGCUCAGCAAAAUGGUGACAAAGAGGAAGAGGAGGAUGGAAAGAAGGAUGAGAGGAACAUCAACUUCCGCUUCAUGUUCAACAUUGCUGACGGUGGCUUCACAGAGCUGCACACGCUGUGGCAGAACGAGGAGCGGGCAGCCACCUCCUCGGGCAAGAUCUACGACAUCUGGCACCGCCGGCACGACUACUGGCUCCUGGCAGGGAUCGUCACCCACGGCUAUGCCCGCUGGCAGGACAUCCAGAACGACCCUCGCUACGGCAUCCUGAACGAGCCCUUCAAGUCCGAGGUCCACAAGGGCAACUACCUGGAGAUGAAGAACAAGUUCCUCGCCCGGCGCUUCAAGUUGCUGGAGCAGGCCCUGGUGAUCGAGGAGCAGCUGCGGAGGGCUGCGUACCUCAACAUGACCCAAGACCCCAACCACCCGGCCAUGGCCCUGAACGCGCGGCUGGCGGAGGUGGAGUGCCUGGCAGAGAGCCACCAGCACCUCUCCAAAGAGUCCCUGGCUGGCAACAAGCCUGCCAACGCCGUCCUGCACAAGGUGCUGAACCAGCUGGAGGAGCUGCUGAGCGACAUGAAGGCCGACGUGACCCGGCUGCCCUCCAUGCUCUCUCGCAUCCCGCCCGUGGCCGCCCGCCUACAGAUGUCCGAGCGGAGCAUCCUCAGCCGCCUGGCCACGCGUGGCGGGGACCCCACCGGCCCCCAGGGCUCCUUCGGCUCCUCCCAGAUCUACAACAGCAGCUUCGGGGCGAGUUUCCGCGGCCCCGGGCCGGGCGGGAUCGUCAACUACAGCCAGAUGCCUCUGGGACCAUACGUGACCGAUAUUUAGCUGUUCCACCACUGUCCUCUGCAGCUCCAUCUCCAGCUGAGCAGUCCCCGGAGCCGUUCCCUGGCCGAAAGCUGCCCUGUCGCUGGAGGAAGGGUUGGGGACGUGCAGCUUUGCCUGGGUGGGUGCCGAGCCGCCCCCGGCGCCGCCGGCUUCCC